AUGUCGGCAACUGCAGGUACUACUGAUUCUGGAUUGAGUGGACAACCAAGUGAUGAUAUUGAUAAACAAAAAGGUCCUUCAACUGGUAGCAAUGUCGAAUCUGUAUCAACCAGUCAACCAGGUGGUCAACCAAGUAAUAACAUAGAUCAACAAAAAGGUCCUUCAACUGGUAGCAAUGUUGAAUCACCAGGUGGUACACUUGGCACUGCAACUGAACCCGUAAAAAGUGGAAAGACUUAA